AUGGUACUUAACGGCGUGGAUCCGUACUUUGGUGAAGUCCAAGUGAUUAGGCCGGACGAGAGUAGCGUCACCGCUCUUAAGGCCUUUAUCCAGACGAAAGAUCCCUCUAUGAGAAGCUUUAUGGCUUCCCCUAGCUUAAAGGAGAAAUCUCUCGUGCGAGGCGCCCUUCUAGCCAAUAAUGUAGGGACUGGCAAAACUAUCACCGUUAUUUCCCUUAUAAUCCUUCACUACUUCGAUUUGUGUAAGAAGAAAGCGGUAGGUGAAGCAUUUAAGGCUCGGCCUACUUGUUUACAAGUUACUGUAGGGCUCAUUGGCCAGACAAUCGACGAGCUCUUUAAGCAUUUCGGCGGACUUAUCGACAUCUUGUCCUAUUAUGGAUCUCCCGGCGAGUUUAAAGGCAUACGCGCUACCAUUACUAGUAUAGUCGACAAGUGGACAGACUGGACCGCGGAGACCAGUCGUUAUAAGACAGUGACUGGCGACCCUAGAAUAGACGUAUAA